AUGGGCCACGCUUCAGAUGUCGCCGUCCCAAGAAACAGUGGUGCUGAACGAGGCUCACCCAUUACGUGCCCUGCAGACGUUACUGCUCGUGGGGAAAGGUAUGAGGUUAUCGAUGAUGAGAACAGCACUCUCCCAUCCGAAACUGGCGUAAAUGCAGGCUGGGGGCCCCCGCUUAGCGCAAUCGCACUCCCGAACUCGUAUAUGUCCGCAGACAACUCGACAGGGGAUCAUACGGCAGAUGCAUGGUACUCGAUGCCGUGGGCUACGGAACCAUACUCGUGGGAGACAUUGCCCGCAUCUUUCUGGGGUUGGACCUGGUCUCAAGCCGACAAUGUGACCGCGUCCGAGACCGACGGUUCUUUACACCCGUCUAUUCCUGCACCGCAGGCGGCAGGGUGGCCCUUUGGAGGCGAGGCUGAACAGCCUCAGCAUCCGAGCAGAAGCGGCGUCAUACCCUUCUGGGGAGACCACUCACAAGAGCUGUACCCUCCAGGUCCGUCUUUUGAUGCACCGGACCCUAUUCCCUCGUCCGAUGCACUCGGGCUCUCUUCUAUCCUAGAAACCGCGCCACCGAGCUACCCAAGAUGUCCUCGCUUGCAGCAUGUUGAGGACGGCAGCUUGGCGCUCCCGGAUGAGUCUCCAAUGCUAUCGCCUCCCUGGGAUCCAUUGGCGCCUGUUUCCGCAGCACUGCCUAUGACGGACUUCCACCGCCGCAGCUUGCAUCAACAACCAUUCGCGCCCAUCCCUGUUCGGAACAUCGAGUCGACGGUACCCCCAUGGCUACCGACUAUGGUGAAUUACCAGGAAACUGAAGUCAUCCCGUUCGAUAACGUCGGUGCCAGCAGACAGGAGUCAUCGUGUCAUGUCACGGUGCCGGAAGGCCAGGUCGAGCAUCGUCACUCGACCUCGGUAUGUGGCUUCAAUGCUCACAAGAAACAGGAACCGUUUGCGUAG